AUGUCGGCCAGGGUGCGCCUGCGGCAGCGGGACGUGGCGCAGGUGCCCGUGGCCGAGGGCAAGAGCCUGCAGCAGACCGUGGAGCUGCUCACGCGGCGCCUGGAGCUGCUGGGCGCCGACAAGCAGGGCCCCUUCUGCGUGGACUGCGAGACCUACCACACGGCGGCCGCCACCAUGGGCGCACAGGGGCAGACGGGCAAGCUCAUGUACGUGAUGCACAACUCCGAGUAUCCGCUCAGCUGCUUCGCCCUCUUCGAAAACGGCCCGUGCCUCAUCGCCGAUGCCAACUUCGAUGUCCUCAUGGUGAAGCUCAAAGGCUUCUUCCAAAACGCCAAGGCCAACAAGAUAGAGAGCCGGGGCACCCGCUACCAGUACUGUGACUUCCUGGUGAAGGUGGGCACGGUGACGAUGGGGCCCAGUGCCCGCGGCAUAGCUGUGGAGGUCGAGUACUGCCCCUGCGUGGUAGCCAACGACUGCUGGAACGUGCUCAUGGAGUUCAUGCAGAGCUUCAUGGGCAGCCACGCGCCCGGCAUCCCSUCCGUGUUUGGCACCAAGCACGACAGCAUCUACAGCCCGGCAGACACCAUGGUGCAGUACAUGGAGCUGUUCAAUAAGAUCCGCAAGCAGCAGCAGGUGCCCGUGGCUGGGAUCAGGUGAAAGCGCUGCCGGGAGCCCGGUUCAGAGCAACUCCGUCCUCCUGCCUGGACUUUGGGGGCCAAGCAUCUCCCCCAGGAGCAGCGCUGGAGCCAGCCCAAGGUUUCAUUUGGUUACAUUUUGAGGUUUGGGUUUGGUUUGUUUCUAAUCUUUCCCCUGUUUUAAAGCAAAGGUCUGGAAUGCUCUGAAUGUUUCUUGUUGUCUUUUUCUGAGUGUCUGUGAUGGGCACGUGGCUGGCAUGGUUGUAAGCACGGUGCUUCGUGCAGGGGAUUACUCUUUGCCUUGCAUAAGGAGGAAAAGAGAGAAAUUCCAGCCUAAUACACGCAAGGGUAGAGUUUCCUUGACUGUAAACAGCUACAGGAGUUGGAUUUUUAGGUAUCCAUGUGAAAGCAUCUUGUUA